AUGCCUUGGGAAAUUGUGCUUGCAGGGGUUGUGGGAAAGGCGUUGCUCUCGGCGUCUCUUCGAGCGCUGUUUGACAAGAUGUCUUCUCGCAAGUUCCUGGACUUCUUUCGGGAAAAGAAACUCGACCACCAUAGCUUGCAGACGUUGAAAUUCAAGCUCCUAGCUGUCAACUCAGUGCUCAGUGACGCUGAGGAGCAGCCGCAUAUAAUGAACUUGUCAGUUCAAGAGUGGCUGGAUGAACUGAAAGACGCUUUGUAUGAAGCAGAGGAUCUGUUCGCUGAGAUCACAAGUGAAGUUUUAAAGUGCGAUAUGGAAGCUGGGUAUCAAACCCCAAAAGAACAGGUAGAAGCCCUUAACACUGCUCUUACAAAGAUUGUUGACAGGGUAAAAUGUAUAGCUGAAGAAAAAGACUUCCUCAAUCUGAAGGAAAGCCCAAGUGAUAAAUCGUUACCAAGAUUUCCUACAACUUCCUUGGUCAACGAAUCCGAAGAAUGCUUCAGGAAUAAUGAAAAAGAGCUGAUAGUCAACUCUUUGCUGUCAGAUAGUGCAAUGAAUGGGAAUGGAAUACCUGUGAUUGCGAUUGCAGGAAUGGGUGGGAUUGGCAAGACAACCCUCGCUCAGUUUGUGUACAACGAUGAAAGGGUGAAGACACAUUUUAACUUGAGAGCAUGGGCUUAUGUCUCCGAAAGAUCAUCUGAUGUUUUCAAGGUGACCGAAACAAUCUACGAAUCAGUCGUGUUGAUGCAUUCUAAUGCUAAAGACUUAAAUGCACUUCAAGUUAAACUGGGGAGGGUUCUGAUGGGAAGGAAGUUUCUGCUUGUCUUGGAUGACAUGUGGAAUGACAGUCUUACUGAUUGGGAUCUUCUACAGAGACCAUUUCAUGUCGGGGCAGGCGGAAGUAAGAUCAUCGUGACAACGCGUAAUCAAAGUGUUUCAUCCACUAUGCAUUCUCUUGUUGUUCGUUCUUUGACACCAUUGCCGUAUGAAGAUUGCUGGUCAAUAUUUGCAAAGCAUGCUUUUGGAAGUGACUAUUUGACUGAUGGAGAUUCUGCAUUAGAAUCGAUUGGCAAGAAGAUCGUGGAAAAGUGCCAAGGCCUGCCAUUGGCUGCUAAAGCACUCGGAGGUCUUUUGCAUUCCAAAGUGGAGCCAAAGGAAUGGGAUGAUGUAUUGAAUAGUAAGUUAUGGGAUCUACCAAGUGGUAAGAACCACAUUCUCCCGGCCCUAAGAUUGAGUUACUAUCAUCUCCCUUCUCACCUAAAGCAAUGCUUUGCUUAUUGUUCCAUAUUUCCCAAGGGCCAUGAAAUUGAAAGGGAGGACUUGGUUCGAUUGUGGAUAGCAGAAGGACUAGUGCAGCAGCAAAAGGGUACAAGAAGAACUGUGGAAGUGGGUGAGCAGUACUUUGAUGAACUAUUAUGCAGGUCAUUUUUUCAACGAUCAGAUCAUGAUUGUUCACGUUUUAAAAUGCAUGACCUUCUUAAUGAUUUAGCUCAACAAAUAGUGGGAGAGUUCACUUUCAAACUUGAGGAUGAAAGCUUACCCUUAAACCCAGAAAGAGUUCGCCAUUUAUCAUGCAUACCAAAUCGUGAUGAAGCCCCCGACAAAUUUGAGGCCUUUUAUGAAGUAUUCAACCGUUUGCGAACCUUCCUACCGCUUAGAUCGUCACCCAAUUCCAGUAGGGUUCCUUUGACUCCUAUAAUCUCUAAUAGCUUAUUUCCAGGAUCUGAUGAUGAAAGGAACUCCGAUGAUGGAAGAAGGAACUUGCUGACAGAGACAGAUGAUAGAAAAAGAAACUUGUUUCCAGAAUCCAGUCGCCUGCGUGUAUUGUCAUUAUCUCCUUAUCAUAUCACUAACCUGCCUGAGUCAAUUGGCAACUUAAAACAUCUACGCUACUUGGACCUUUCCCACACUGAAAUUCAAAGUCUGCAUGAUGGAGUUUGUUCUCUGUAUAAUUUAGAGACAUUGAAGUUGUCAAGCUGUUUCCAACUUACCCAGUUGCCUAAAGACAUGCGAAAUCUUACUAAAUUGGAGCAUCUCGAUAUUAAAGGAUCAAAGGUGAAGGAGAUGCCACCACAAUUCGGUAAUUUGAGAAGUCUCCAGUCGUUGACUACGUUUGUCGUGAGCAAAAAUACUAGUGCGUCAAGAAUUAGUGAGUUGAAGAAACUUUCUCUUCUUCGUGGUACUCUUUCCAUUGAGGGCCUGCAAAAUGUUUUUCAAACAGCAGAUGCCUCAGUGGCUAAUUUGGAGGAUAAAAAGUACCUUGAUGAGUUAAUUUUUCAGUGGGCACCUGGUACUCAUCUUGCACAUUAUGAAACUGAGGUGCUUGACAAGUUACGGCCUCAUGAAUAUUUGAAGAAGCUCCGCAUCAAAAACUUUGGUGGUUCAAAACUUCCAGAUUGGUUAGGGGAUGCCAUUUUCUCCCAAAUGGUGUCCCUGUAUCUCGUUGAUUGUGAAAACUGCUCCUCACUGCCACCGCUUGGGCAACUACCCUGUCUACAAGAGCUUUACAUCGUACGAAUGAAACGACUACGAUGCGUGGGCUCUGAAUUUUAUGGAAGCAAUCUCAAGCCAUUCAGGUCCUUGGAAAUUUUGCAGUUUGAAACAAUGCCAUAUUGGCAAGAAUGGUUACCUUCCUCUGAUGAAGGCGCAUUUCCUUCCCUCCAAGAGCUCACAGUCUACAACUGUCCCAAACUGGCUGGGAAUCUACCGAACCAUCUUCCGUCCCUGGUAAAGCUUCAUAUAAUCGAAUGUAGGAAACUGAAAUUCCUUCAUCCGAAUGGGAGAAACCAGUACUCUAAGCUUGAGCAUUUGCACAUAAGGAGUAGCUGUUGUGACCUGGAAACUUUUUCCUUCGACUGCUUCACCAGACUUGUAAAGCUUAAACUCCAGGGUUGCAUAUUUCUUAGAUCCAUCGAAUUGCAAAGCGAGCAUGGGCAUCUCACAUUUCUUCGAAAGUUGAAAAUUGAAGACUGCCCCAUUCUGGAAAUCUUCUCUGGAAGAGGGUUGCUAUCUCUCCAAAAAUUAAAAAUAUCUGGUUGCUCAAAUCUCUCUAGUUUUGGGGAAGCUGGUCUGCCAACCAAUCUUCAGUCAUUUUGUUUUGAGCACUGCCGGAGCCUCCCACCCGAGGAUGCUUGGGGACUGCAAAAUAUGGCCUCACUCAUGUUUUUUGAGAUUGAUGGUGUUAAGGUACCACGAAGAGUAAUUAAUGGCGUAUGA